ACCUACAUCACUGCUCAAAGUGACGUGAGUUUGUCACAUAACACCCUGGCCAGGACGCGGACACCUCAUCGCUGUUUAUAUUUAGAUGUCUAACCUGUGUAAACAAACCUUCUUUUUUGCUUCAGAGAAAACUGAAUUGGCCACAGGAGCUGGACAGUUCAAAGUAAGACCAGGCGGCGAUGGCCUCGGUUAAAAAGGACGACAGACUGACGAGGUCUCAAAGCUUUUUGUGCGUCGGUUUCUCCGGUGUUUUCAGCAAAACUGUCACGUCUCCUCUGGAGGUGGUGAAAAUUAAAAGCCAGGUGGGCACCUUUCACUGCAAGCAGGGUUUCUGGCAGAGUUUCCUUGUCAUCUAUCAACAUGAGGGAUUUCGAGGAUUUUGGAAAGGAAACCUCGCCUCUUGUCUCCGGUUGUUCCCUUACUCUGCAGUUCACCUCACAACAUACAAACAGAUCGUCCACCUUCACAUGGAUGAGCUGGGCUUCAUCUCUCAGUGGAGGGCUAUAUUCGCUGGUGGACUAGCAGGUGUGGCUGCUGCUCUGGCCACGUACCCUCUGGAGAUGGCGGAGACCAGGCUGAUCGCCCAGAACUGUAGACAGCCCACAUAUGUCGGUGUAGUUCACACUCUGUCAAAGAUCUACAGGAAUGAGGGCCUGCUUGCUCUUUACAGGGGAUUUUCCCUUACUGUUUUGGGUGCAUUUCCCUUUUCUUUGGGAUGCUACGCAGUUUACAUGAACGUGGACAAGCUCUGGCAGGAGCCUCCUUCUCGCUUCACUCCUCUGCAGAACUUCAUUAAUGGCUGCGUUGCAGUAGGAGUGGCGCAGACCCUCUCAUACCCAUUUGAAACUGUAAAACGGAAAAUGCAAGCACAGAGUGUCCGUCUUCCUCAUCUCGGUGGCGUCGACGUCCAUUUCACUGGAAUGGCUGACUGCUUCGUACAGGUUGUUCGAAACAAGGGCGUCCUCUCGCUGUGGAACGGCCUCACAGCCAGCACAAUAAAGAUCGUUCCCUACUUUGGCCUCCUUUUCACCUGCUUUGAGAUGUGUAAGCAGGUGUGCCUUUACCGCAACGGGUACAUCGUCUCACCUCUGAGCUACCAGCUCGCACCGGGGGUCGACCAGAGCCUCGGGCCGUACGAGCUGGAGGAGGUGAAGCGCUACUUGAAAAACAGGAACUUUGAGUCGGGGGAGUCGUCCAUGGGAAAUCGCUGGUGAAGAUGUCUGGUCCCCACUUACCAGCGAACAAAAAACAAUUAAAAGCCAAUGAUUUUCAUUCAUAUAUGGUCUACCUCUUCCAGAAGUUCAUCUGACAGUUUUUGAAUGUGCCUUUAUCAGUGUGGAGAGUUAAAUAUUUAUUUUGGGGCUUUUAUCCCUGCAUUAACAAUAAAUAGUGCUUUCAAAGUUAGUUCACAUGAAGCAGCAAAUUCUCUUUUAAGUUAAAUUUGGGACAUUAUGACUGUAUGAAUUGUUGUAUGACAGGCAACUUGUUUCAUAGUAUUCAUAAUAUUUUUAAUGGAUAAUGAUAAUGAAAGUUUCUGUGCUUUGUAGGUAGGUUAUGGACAAUUAUGUACAGUGCUAACAAUGGAAGAAAUGUGUUUUUAACAUUAAAAUGUGUCUUUUUACUUACAAUA